AUAUAUGAACGCAGGUAAAGUGUUUGUGAAAGAAUCCUGCGUGGGAGUGGGUCUCAAAUGUAUGACUGAUCGAUAACGCCUCUUUUCGAAGCGCGCUCAUCUUUGCGACGUGCGUCACUGGCGCGCAAUCAAGACGCAAAGGCGCAACUCUUCCAUUUCCACAACCAAGCGGCAGAAAGCGGUCGCUCCUCGGAAUAAACAUCGUCUCCGACUCGCUGCAUUCUGUCCAUCUUUAUUAUUAGCGCGUCGCUCCGCCCUCCUACCUGUAAAUCUCCCCGCUCUUCUCUGGAGCGGAUCUGACAGGCGCGCUCAGCUGGCCGCUCAGUCCGUGCCAGGGCUGCAGGGAACCGAAUGGAGGCAGCGACAUCCACCCGAGCGCCUGCACUAUUCACGCAGAACUGACAACGAAAACCCCCGUGAGAAUAUGUAGUCUUCUCGCCGCGAGAGAACUCUGAAUCAAACUCUCCCCUCCUCUUAACCAUCGCUUUUGUUGCGCACCUGAAAGCGUCCAGAAGAAAAGUCGCGGAUCAUCGACCGGAUCCCUGAAUGGAAGACGGCUAGAGAGGUCGCCGCUGACGGGCUGCAACAAUCUCCACUUGUUUACAUGAUCGAAGCAGCCUGGACACGGUGUCUGCCAUGGCGCACAGCGGCAAAGACGCGGAGAGCCCUUCAGAAUGAAGCCACAGGACUCGUCAUUAUUGCGGAUUUCUAUGCCCCUCUCCACGAGAGACGCGAUUUUGGGCAAGAUUUGCGCCUGCGGCGUCUCGUAUUUAUCCUAAAACAAUCGAUUGUUGUAAUCUUCUGAAACACAUAGGGACUUGAUCUGGUUGGUGAUCUCAAUCUACAGCAAAGAAGGGAAUCCUUUCUUUAUUUUAUUCUUCUAUUUUUCCCUUUCUUUUUUUUUAUUAAGCAAAAUGGCUGGUGAGUGGGGCUGGGGACGCUGGCACAGGCUCUCCAAGGCUCCUCAAUGCUAGCUGAGGCGGAUGGCACGGUUCCCCAUGGAAGCGACAGCUCUAUGAGGACAAGCAGUAUCAAUAACAAGCUCGACCAGGACUCUUCAAUCCUAAUAUCCAAGAUGGAAAACAUGGAACGGUUUGUCAUCCCGUACUCCUCCGAGGUGCCCUGCGACCAUAAUGGACAGCGCAUGUGGUGGGCAUUCCUCGCUUCCUCCAUGGUGACGUUUUUUGGGGGUCUCUUCAUUAUCCUGUUAUGGAGGACCCUAAAAUACUUGUGGACUGUCUGCUGCCACUGCAACAUUAAAAAAAAGGAGGUUCAGAAGGUGAACAAUUUUGCCAACAACCAGGCGGCAGAUCGACCACCAAAGGGUCCCGAUGAAAAGGAGGAGGCACCAGCCAGUGAGGUGGGAUGGAUGACUUCAGUCAAAGACUGGGCCGGCGUCAUGAUCUCAGCUCAGACACUCACUGGCCGAGUUCUGGUGGUUUUAGUCUUUGCACUGAGCAUCGGAGCCCUCGGAAUAUACUUUAUAGACUCAUCAGAUCCUAUUGAAUCCUGUCAGAGCUUCUACGACGAUUUCACGUUGCAGAUCGACAUGGCCUUCAAUGUCUUCUUCCUUCUAUACUUUGGCUUGCGGUUUAUAGCAGCCAAUGACAAGCUUUGGUUCUGGCUGGAGGUCAACUCGGUGGUUGACUUCUUCACUGUUCCGCCUGUCUUUGUCUCUGUCUACUUAAACAGAAGCUGGCUGGGUUUAAGGUUCCUGAGAGCGCUGCGGCUGAUUCAGUUCUCAGAAAUAUUACAAUUCUUAAAUAUCUUGAAAACAAGCAAUUCUAUCAAGCUGGUGAACUUGUGUUCCAUCUUCAUAAGCACAUGGCUCACAGCUGCUGGAUUCAUACAUUUGGUGGAAAACUCAGGGGACCCUUGGGAAAACUUCCAAAAUUCCCAGUCGCUAUCCUAUUGGGAAUGUGUGUACUUGCUGAUGGUGACUAUGUCCACAGUGGGCUAUGGGGAUGUCUAUGCAAAAACCACCUUGGGUCGUCUCUUCAUGGUCUUCUUCAUCCUCGGUGGUUUGGCCAUGUUUGCUCGCUACGUGCCAGAAAUUGCUGCUCUCAUCCUUAAUCGGAAGAAAUACGGAGGGAGUUAUAACUCGACACGAGGCAGAAAGCAUAUUGUGGUCUGUGGUCAUAUUACCCUGGAAAGUGUCUCCAACUUCCUCAAAGACUUCCUACACAAGGACAGGGAUGAUGUCAAUGUAGAAAUUGUUUUUCUCCAUAAUAUUUCCCCUAAUCUUGAGCUGGAAGCCUUGUUCAAACGCCAUUUUACCCAAGUAGAGUUCUAUCAGGGAUCUGUUCUCAACCCACAUGAUCUCGCCCGAGUGAAGAUCGAGUCAGCAGACGCUUGCUUAAUUCUAGCCAACAAAUAUUGUGGAGAUCCUGAUGCUGAAGACGCCUCCAACAUCAUGAGGGUCAUUUCAAUCAAGAACUACCACCCCAAGAUCAGAAUAAUUACACAGAUGCUACAAUAUCAUAAUAAGGCCCAUCUGCUGAACAUUCCAAGCUGGAACUGGAAGGAGGGAGAUGAUGCGAUCUGCCUGGCAGAGCUGAAGGCAGGCUUCAUUGCCCAGAGUUGUCUGGCCCAGGGCCUGUCUACCAUGCUAGCCAACCUUUUCUCCAUGAGGUCCUUCAUUGAGAUUGAGGAGGACACAUGGCAGAAGUAUUACCUUGAAGGAGUGGCUAAUGAGAUGUACACAGAGUAUUUGUCCAGUGCCUUUGUAGGCCUCUCCUUCCCCCAUAUCUGCGAGCUGUGCUAUGUGAAGCUGAAGUUGUUGCUUAUUGCCAUUGAAUACAAGUCUGAGCAGAGAGAAAGCAGAAGCCGAAAGCGCAUCCUCAUCAACCCAGGCAACCAUGUCAAAAUGCAGGAGGGAACUCUUGGAUUUUUUAUCGCUAGUGACGCCAAAGAAGUAAAGAGAGCAUUUUACUACUGCAAAGCUUGUCACGAUGACAUCACAGACCCCAAACGGAUUAAGAAGUGUGGCUGCAAACGACUGAUUUAUUCCAAGAUGUCCGUCUACAAACGAAUGAAACUGGCAUGUUGUUUUGAUUGCGGCCGUUCAGAGCAAGACUGCUCUUGCAUGUCAGGCAGUGUACAUAGUAACAUGGACACCCUUCAGAGGGCCUACCCACUUUCCUCUGUCUCUAUUCAUGAUUGCGCAACCACUUUACGUGCCUCUAAAUAUAAGUAUAAUGGAUAUGUCAGAUCACCAGCAGAGGGCGCUACAACACCAGGAAACACUGGAAGCCAAAAAGAGGCUGGGGUUCGAUUCAAAGCUGAUUGCAACAUAGUUGAAGAUGAGCAUCCAUCAACUCUUUCGCCCAAAAAAAAGCAGCGUAAUGGAGGGAUGCGAAACUCACCUAACUGCUCGCCCAAAAUGAUGAGUCGACACGACCCCCUUCUAAUCCCUGGAAAUGAGCAAAUCGAGAACAUGGACAUGAACAUCAAGAGGUAUGACUCGACAGGGAUGUUUCACUGGUGUCCGUCCAAAGACAUCGAAAAGGUCAUCCUGACCCGGAGUGAAGCCUCCAUGACAGUGCUGAGCGGCCAUGUAGUGGUCUGUAUAUUUGGAGAUGUCACGUCCGCUCUAGUGGGGCUUAGAAACUUGGUGAUGCCUUUAAGAGCCAGCAACUUUCAUUAUCACGAGCUAAAGCCGAUAGUUUUCGUGGGUUCCCUGGAUUACCUUCGGAGAGAAUGGGAAACUCUACACAACUUCCCCAAGGUCUCCAUCUUACCCGGUACACCAUUAAGUCGGGCAGAUUUAAGAGCUGUCAACAUCAACCUCUGCGACAUGUGCGUAAUACUGUCAGCCAAUCAGAACAAUAUCGAAGAUGCCUCACUGCAGGAUAAGGAAUGCAUCUUGGCAUCACUCAACAUCAAAUCUAUGCAGUUUGAUGACAGCAUCGGGGUCUUGCAGGCUAAUUCCCAAGGUUUCACGCCUCCUGGGAUGGACAGGUCAUCUCCAGACAGCAGUCCAGUACAUGGCUUCGUGCGGCAGGCAUCUGUCACCACCGGGUCCAACAUCCCAAUAAUCACAGAAUUAGUGAAUGACUCAAACGUUCAGUUCCUGGACCAAGAUGAUGAUGAUGACCCCGACACAGAGCUGUACCUCACUCAGCCGUUCGCCUGCGGCACUGCCUUUGCUGUCAGUGUCCUCGACUCCCUGAUGAGUGCUACGUACUUCAAUGACAACAUCCUCACUCUGAUAAGAACAUUAGUCACAGGGGGAGCCACGCCAGAGCUGGAAGGCCUGCUGGCUGAGGAGAACGCUCUCAGAGGAGGCUACAGCACACCGCAGACACUAGCCAAUAGGGACCGGUGUCGUGUCGCCCAACUGGCCUUGUAUGACGGUCCAUUUGCAGACUUGGGUGAUGGAGGAUGCUACGGGGAUUUAUUCUGUAAAGCACUGAAGACAUACAACAUGUUGUGUUUUGGAAUCUACAGACUAAGAGAUGCACAUCUCGGUGCACCAAGCCAGUGCACAAAACGAUACGUGAUCACAAAUCCCCCAUACGAGUUUGAGCUGGUGCCCUCAGACUUGAUCUUCUGCCUCAUGCAGUUCGACCACAAUGCUGGUCAGUCUCGGACGAGCUUAUCCCACUCUUCCCACUCCUCCCAUUCCUCCAGCAAAAAGAGCUCCUCUGUGCACUCAGUCCCGCCUUCAAACCGGCAAAACCGCAGCAGUAAGACGAGGGAGCCUCGCGACAAACAGAAUGCAACAAGGAUGAAUAGAAUGGGCCAAGAAAAGAAAUGGUUUACAGAUGAACCAGAAAAUGCCUACCCAAGGAACAUUCAGAUCAAGCCCAUGAGCACUCACAUGGCCAACCAAGUCAACCAAUACAAGUCCACCAGUAGCUUGAUUCCACCAAUCAGAGAAGUCGAGGAUGAAUGCUGAAUGCCGGAUUAUCUUGUUGACUUACUUGACAUCUGUAGGCUCUUCCAGAGAUGGGCAGAGAUGACGAUACAGAUGAGGAUGUUGGAAGACUGAGGCAUUCUCCUCCCUUGUUAUACUUCGAUUGGACAGAAUCCCAGACUGAAAGGGACCUUUCUUUGUGUAUACCUGUCAAUGUUUCUUCCCUGCUUCAAACAUUGUUCAAUUUAUUAAUGUAUCCAUUGAGAUGUACAUAAUGACAAUCAAAUACGGAUUGUACAGUACCUCCACCUUAGCACUUUUUUGAAAUUAUUUUAGUUGACAAAAAAAAAAAGGUACUUCCUGUAAUUCUUUGCAAUAGUUCACUUCUUCACGUGGCAAGACUGUGGAUUGGAUGACUGGUUAUUGUUGGAUGAGGGUUGCAGCUAUAAACUGAUACUAUUAUCUCCCAAAGGUUCACUCAGAAAUGUCACAUCAAACCAGCUGGGUUCACUGACAUGUUUCUGUUCUAUUUGCACUACAACUCAGUUUCUUUUGACAGAAAUGCUGGAAACAUGACCCCUCCGCUCCACCGUCCCUAGUAAAAAUGUCUCUCAGGAGUGGGGCAAAGAAGAAGGAAAGGGCAGCUUCGAUGGCAUACUAAUCUUGUUCUUGGUUUGUUGUAAAUUCUCUUUUUGCUUGAGGUUUGCUUCCUCACCUCGACUCGUCGAAUUGAGUGAGAGCAAUCUGUGUGUGCAAAGCAAAAAAAAAAAAAAAAAAAAGAAAUCCCCUAAUCUAAAAUUCCACAGAAUGGUGCAGUGUGGGCGUAUGCUGGCUGAAAGAAAACCCUACAUUUCCUCUGCAGAUGUGUCAGAUUCUAAGGCUCAGUUUCAAGUUCGCAUGCAAUGUGCCUGAGCCCCCCUAAUAACACACACAGCGCAGUUAAUUAACCUGACUCCAUGGGAAAGGUUUAAAAAAAAAACAACCAAAACAAUGCCUGUGCAUUCGGGAGUGUUUAUGUGCGCGCUCUGUGUGUAAGUGCAUUUCAACCCCUUGUUCUUCUGGUGUUGUGCUCAUCACUGUCACUCACCUCCCCUUCAUUGGUUUCUAUGUACCGGUGAAGCUCUGGAGAAAGCAGCAUGUGGGAUUCUCACUCUACAAAAGGAAUCAUGGUAGAAAUCAUAAUAAUAACAUUAAUUUUAAUAAUAAUUGAAGAUUUGGAUCUACUAACGUGUUGCAUAAAAAGUGGAAUCGAAUACCGCAACUAUGAUUGAGGUGAUCUAACACGAAUGGCAGCUCUGUGCCUGUCCUGAAUGCAUUGCCGUGACAACUGCAGCAAAAUUGGGAUCAUUGAGUGUUUUUUUUUUUUUUUUUUUUACAUUUUCAAAAUAUUUUGUGUUUUACAAAAAACUUCCUGUCUAGACAGGAAGGGAAAGCCACAUAUCGCAGAAAGUGGGCAUGAAUGGGCCCUCCUUUGAUCAGAGGAAACGCCUGGCACAGGGUCGGCACAGAGGCAGUAAAGUGCUUGGAUGUUCUCUGUUGCCAAUCCAGAUGUUACACACCUCAAAACUCAGGAGUGAAGCUGCUGCAUUCGAGGAGAUGCUCAAAUAUAGUUUGCGGUAAUGCAACGGUGCCACUGCCUGCUGGAGGGACACUCCGUGUGUUCCUACGGCCUGUGCCCAACCUCGCUGCACCUGUGGAUCCAAAUCUCUGAAUGACAAAUUCAUUUUUAAAAUUCUAUUUAGAUAUCUAAAUCUCAACAUUAUUUUAUACCCAUGAACAUAAUCAAAUUCUACUUAUUUUUGUAGUCAACGAGGAGACAAAGACUUGGAGUUAAUUGCAAUCCACACUGCAAAAUAUUUAUUUAAAUAUGUCAUAACUUAUUUCGCAUUCUACAAGAUAAUAUAUAUUUUUUUAUCCUCUUAAGUAAAGAACUCCAUCUCUAAAGCUUGCUUUGUGAAUACAGGGCUGUCUGCGGCCUGGCAGCUCGCGCUGUUGAGUGCUUAUAGUGAUGAAUCUGGGCUCAUCUGAAGCCUCCUACAGUAGCACAGAUUCAUUUCAAUAACCUACUAUACAUCCCUAGCUGAGAACACCUACAUGGAGAAGUGGGGGAAUCAUUUAGUCGGGAGGAGGAGUAGUGUUGUAAUAAUGACUUGAAGAAUACUAAGUUGCUUCCACUGUGUGCAGGCCUGAACUGAGUGACCUUCAUUAGAUGUGUCUGACCUAAAUUAGGUCCCUAGUGUGUAUGAAGAGUGUGUAUACACAACAGCACACUGUGUCGCUUUUUUCCACAAAAAAAAAGAAGAAGAAAAAAAAUUCAAAUACAAGGAGGUCUGUUUGAUGCAGAUAACCUCCUAUAGACUGUAAAAGAAAAUACAUUUUAAAAUAGAUUCACUUUGGAAUAUGGAACAAUAACAUUGUGCUAUAUAUGUUUGUGUAAACGCAGCCCAUUCUAUAGACUACUUUUUUUUUUCUCCAACAAAAAGAAUCUGCGCUUCAAUGUCAGUCUACCAGUUGUGGUGCAGCUAUUCUGAAGCUUCAUACACAUUGUCCUGAGGUGAACUUUUGAAUUGUGGUUAUAUCUUUGUCCCACACUUUAGCAAAUAGAUUUCUUUCCAAAAAAUAUAUAAGUAAAAUGUUUGUAUAAUUAGGUUGUAAAUGGCAGACUUGAUAGCCUGAACCAGUAAAAAAAAUAAAAUAAAAAAAAAUCAUAAUUGAUCAUGACUCAUCAUAAACAGUAUGGCUGAUAAUGUUUAAAAAAAAAAGCCAAGAUGACAUAUUUUAAAUGGAAAAUCCCACAUUCUUGUUGAAAAAGCUUAAAGUUCUGUCUGUGACAAAUAUCUGUUUAACAAAUCUGAUUUAACAGCCAUCAAAAGGAUGCAAGGUAGCACCAAUUCAGCAACUGUUAAUAAUAAGGAGAGAACAUCCGUUUUUCUGUCUUUGUUUUAAGGCAGAAUUUACAUUCCGUGUUUUUUUUUCCACUUGUCAGUUUUUCUCACAAGCUGUCAAACUAAGUUCUUGUUUACAGACUAUUUUUAAGGUACCAAGGAGACACUAAAUGCAGCAAACUGGCAAAAUAUAAAGUACUGCGCAAAAGAUUUUCAAUAUAGUUGAUGACUCUACUUUUCCUCAUUGUGUGACUCAUUCUGACUGACAUGAUCACUUUUCACCUUCCUGUCACUUAGAGAUCUUUGCAUUGUAUACUUUUGAUGUUUUCGGGUGUUUUUGAAGUGCCAUGAUGCUUUCCAGUUCUGCAAGCAUCCUUCAGUCAUUCAGGGACACGAGCUCGCUUCACCGGAGCCAAGUCCAAGGCUUUUGUACUGUGAGAACAGGGUCUUGCACUGACAUGGAGAACAUCCAAGCCAUCAAUGCCUCCAUGCCAGUGCAGUGCCAGGCGACAAAAAGGGUUCAGAGGAGGGCCCACUGUAAGUCCCACUUAAGCGAAAAAGUGGCAUUCAGUAAAGUUUAAGGGCACAAACCCCAUCCAUUAAACCACAAACCCGCUAUAUCUGCCGUUAAAGGUGUGUUCUCGUGUAGUGUGAUGUGGAUGACUGAAAGAUGCACAUGGAGGCCCAUAAUUACGACAUCACGUGUUAUUUAUUAUUUUAUUGUACUAAACAAAACCAAGAAUUUGAUGUGUCACAUAUUGAAGUUGCAUCAUCUUUUGUUAAUUACUACUUUUGCUUUUAGUAAUAAACAAGGUUAUUUAUUUCCUGGGAACUGUAGAAGCUAUAACAUACAAAACAACACACUUAGCGAUUGGAGGUGGGUCUCAAGUCUUAAUGAUACAUAAAUAAAGAUUUUUUUAAUUUUUAUUUUGCUUGCCUAUCAGUUCAGGAAGAUUUCAGGUUCUUGCUCUUGCGUGUCAUAGAUAAGAUUUGUUGGCAUAUCGUCACUGCAGCAUACAGGCAUUUGACUUAGCAUUCUAAUUAGUUUGGAUGUAUUCUACAAAUGAGGGAUACAUGGAUUAUUUGAUGGUGCUGAGUUGAUCUACCUGACUCUGUCAAAUAUAAUCUGCUGAUAAAUAUACUGUCUUGUACAAAACGUUUGUACAUAGAUUGUACAUGGUUUCUUUUUGUAUUUUCUCAAAUUAAAAUGGAUGUAUUUGUGUUCUAAA